CCAGGUAAUUAUGCACUUUUGCACCCUAGUGAAGAAACGGAGAAGCAUGCGGACACGCGGAACCCAGGACUUUAAAAUCGAGAGGCGUAGACCUGCUACUGGUGUCACGCGCGAAGGUGCUGGAGAGAGAGGGGCUCUCCGGACUUUAUGACGCUUCCAUAAACUUACAUUUCCGCACUUCUCUAGGCAUAUGAAAAUCAGAACGUGCGACUAAGUCCUGCAUCCUGAGGACUCAGUCGCUACAGAACCAGGCACUGUUCAUCAAAGCCGCUCGUUCACCUUUACCGUUCUGUUAGGCAACUUGGGCUUGAGAGAGCAGCUGCACCGGGAUCGGCAGCGGGGACUAACUGCUGCUUUUUUUCUGCGACCCGGUACCUUGGGAUAUAGAUGCUUGGUUCAGGCGUGUGAUCAUUUAAUUGCACGCCCCGUUCGGUAAUACGGCAAAGGCAUGGGUCGUUCCCGGGUUCUCUUGACGAUGUGCGCGCUGGUCCUGUCCCUGCGGUUCGGAAUCGAGGGCGGCAUGUGCCAACACUUUCUCCUGCUUCGUCCCAUUCCAAGUGACAGUUUGCCAAUUGUAGAACUCAAAGAAGACCCGGAUCCCGUUCUUGACCCCAAUGAGUUGGAUCUUAACGAAACCGAACUAAUGAGUUUACUCGGCAACAACUUUGACUCCAGUGUCAUGUCCGUAUCGCCGCCGCUGAACAACCGGACAGGUGACGACGGCCUGAAUGAUUUGGAAGUCCCGCUGGACCCCCGUCUGCAAGAGCCUGCGGGAGCCAUGCCGAGCGAAAUCGAGUCCAUGGACUUUGACGUUCAGGUUCAGCACGGAAAGAAGAACAAGCCCAGCAAAAAGCUUCGAAAGCGGCUUCAGCUUUGGCUGUGGUCCUACGCGUUUUGUCCGGUGGUUUACACGUGGAGCGACCUCGGGAACAGAUUUUGGCCGCGCUACGUGAAAAUAAGCAGCUGCUACAAUAAGCGGUCCUGCUCUGUGCCCGAGGGGAUGGUGUGCAAACCGGCCAAGUCCACGCAUUUCACCGUACUGCGCUGGAAGUGCCGGCAGCGCCGGUCGGCCGUGAAAUGCACGUGGAUAGCGGUCCAGUACCCCGUCGUAUCAGAAUGCAAAUGCGCCUGCUCGACCUGAAAUGAACCCGGUCUUACCGACACAAAAUCAUAGCGCCAACACGAUUAUUUUCGUAUGCACUACCGAGGGUAGGAAUGUAUGUGUAUGUAUAUAUGGUGACAUUUAAUUGUAUACCAGUUAGACGGUCAGUAUUAAGUGUUUGCAUUAUGUACUAUGUACAGUUUUAUGAGAAUUAAAUAUACGCCAGUUGAAGGACCAGGAAGCUCUUUUCCAUUAUUCGGAAAAUGUGUUUUAUGGACUUUAAACUUAGAUUACUGUGUUUUUCUGCAGCGAAGAGAAUUGUAAAUGCAGAGUUUAAAUUGGUCGAUUAAUCUUGUACAUUGAUAAUAACUGCUAUUUAUUCUUUAUAUUCCUGUG